GCCCGCCCGCCGGGGCCUGUGCGCUGCGGCGCGUGCGCGAGCGGUGCAGCACCGGCCGCGGGAGCAGGGAGUAUUAUGGGCUGUGGGUGCCGCUGAGCAAGAUGGAGCUGUCUGCAGUGGGCGAGCGGGUCUUCGCGGCCGAAUCUAUCAUCAAACGGCGGAUCCGCAAGGGACGCAUCGAGUACCUGGUGAAAUGGAAGGGGUGGGCGAUCAAGUACAGCACUUGGGAGCCCGAGGAGAACAUCCUGGACUCGCGGCUCAUUGCCGCCUUCGAGCAGAAGGAGAGGGAGCGUGAGCUGUAUGGACCCAAGAAGAGGGGACCCAAACCCAAAACUUUCCUCCUGAAGGCCCGGGCGCAGGCGGAGGCCCUCCGCAUCAGUGAUGUGCAUUUCUCUGUCAAGCCGAGCGCCAGCGCCUCCUCGCCCAAGCUGCACUCCAGCGCAGCCGUGCACCGGCUCAAGAAGGACAUCCGCCGCUGCCACCGCAUGUCCCGCCGCCCCCUGCCCCGCCCAGACCCCCAAGGAGGCAGCCCUGGCCUGCGCCCACCCAUCUCGCCCUUCUCCGAGACAGUGCGAAUUAUCAACCGCAAGGUGAAGCCCCGCGAGCCCAAGCGGAACCGCAUCAUCCUCAAUCUGAAAGUGAUCGACAAAGGCCCAGGCGCAGGGGCUGCGGCGCAGGGCACAGGGGCGCUUGCCCGUCCCAAAGUCCCAUCGAGGAACCGCGUCAUCGGCAAGAGUAAGAAGUUCAGCGAGAGCGUCCUGCGCACCCAGAUCCGCCACAUGAAGUUUGGCACCUUCGCCCUGUACAAGCCCCCUCCUGCCCCUCUGUCCCCCCCGCCUGCCGGCAAAGCUGACGUCCCCGCUCCGCCAGGCCAGGGGCUGCUCCUGGCCAACCCUGCCGCCCCCUACGAUGCCCGCAGCUCCAGCUCCUCAGGCUGCCCCUCGCCCACACUGCAGUCCUCCGACCCCGAUGACACGCCCCCCAAGCUGCUCCCUGAGACCACCAGCCCCCCAGCCCCCAGCUGGCCCGAGCCGGAGGUGCUCGACCUGUCCAUCCCCCCGGAGUCAGCGGCCACCAGCAAGCGGGCACCACCUGAUGUCACUGCUGCUGCCACCCAGGCACUUCCUGUGGCCCUGGAGCCUUCCAGUGCUGCCCCCGAGCCUGAGGCUGGGGAUUGGCGUCCUGAGAUGUCACCCUGCUCCAAUGUGGUUGUCACCGAUGUCACCAGCAACCUCCUGACCGUCACUAUCAAGGAAUUCUGCAACCCUGAGGAUUUCGAGAAGGUGGCUGCUGGGGUGACAGGUGCUGUGGCCGGGGGUGGCAGCAGUGUGGUGAGCAAGUGAGGGGCUCCCCAGAGGAGGAGGGCGGGGGGCUCCUGCCUGAAGGCACGCCUGUGCUCCCGCCUCACCCCGCCCUCAGACCCGUCUGCCUGUGCUUUGCUUGUCUCAAAUGGCGCCGUGCUGACCCAGGGAUGGGGUUGGGCAGUUGGCACCCCAGAGGCCCGUGGGCAGGAUAGUCUGGGUCAGGUCAGGUCUGGGACAGCACACACGUUCGCCUCUGGGCACUGGUCCUGCCCUGUGCAGUGGGCCUGCCGGGCUUCUAGGGAGCCCCAGGACCUGGUCACCUGCCCUAUCUACAUCCCACCCCACCUCUCCUCUGCUUGCUUCUUGCUUGUGUACAGUGUCUGACCUCGGUGCUAAUCCAGCAGCUGGGGGUCCCUAGGAGACCCUCACCCGGGGUGGGCAUGAUCCCUUUCCUUCCUGCAGACAUCUUGCAGGAGGGGGCAGGGAUGGCUUCCUGCCCAUUUGGCAAAGCCCCAGACAGUGAAGGAUGAGACCAGUGGGCCCCUCCCUCUCCACCAGUGAGGGCGGCAGCAGCUGGGCCAGAGGCCGGGCCUCACUGCCUCCUUAUGGACCAGGCCCAAGCAGACCCCCUGGGCCCCACUCUGGCUGCUUCCAACCCUGCUCUUGCAGGUGGGAGGAGCUGGCACCCUGCCACAGCCUCCUGGCAUCUAAAGGCCCCUUCAGUUCUUGACCAAAGGUGCUACAAGAACCUGCUGUGGAAGCUUCCGGCUGAGUGUGCAUCUGCCCCAGGGCGUGUGUGACGUGGGUCCACGUGUGUGCUGGGUGGGGGCCGUGGGCCCUCCUGGCAGCACCCUUUGCAGCUCCUCAGAACAGGGUCCCUGAAGGCCUGGCCCUGCCCUUUGCUCAGGCCUGGCACCGUCGUGUCCACACUAGUGCCCGGCCUCUCUUCCCUACCCCGUGUGCCAGGGGCACUGAGCCCCAGGCCCUUUUCUGGGUGGUCAGCAUGGCCGGGUGGGCCUUCCCUGCAGACCCGGCUUGGUGGGAACCGCGGAAGAGUGUGGGGAGCCCCAGGUGAGCCUCCCCUUCCUCCAGGGCGUUGGGGGAAGGGGGUGGCCGGAGGCCCCCGGAGGGUCUCCCAUUCUCCCACCCUCCCGUCUGCUUCUGACGCUGAGGCUUUCUCUCAGCCCAGCCUGCUCGGAGCGGCGGGAGGCCUCCGGUGCCCUAGGCAGCUUCUGUUGCCCUCUGCUGCCAGGGCACUGAGGCACCUAUGCCGGUGGCAGAGGCCAAAGCCCCAGCUUUAGGCCAGGCACUGGGAGCAGGGGCGGCGGGCUGGAGACCACAGAGGAGCCUGUGCCCUGGAGGACAAGGGUAUUGUCCCCUGGGGUGGGGCUGGGCCCCCCGGCAGCCCACUCUUGGCCACUGCCAGGGAUGUAGGUGGGUGUGGAUGGCAGUUUCCGCAUGUGGCUUAAGCUGGGUCCCCAGUGUGUUUGGCCUUUGUACCUCCUCGCUGGGAAGCAAGAUGGCAAAAGGCAGGCAGGAGGCGGGAAGGGAGCCCGUCAGAGACUGAGCUAGCACGUUGGGCCCUGGGGAGCGCUCCUGUGAGUCUCCCGCUGGGGGCUGCAGCACGGUCCCCCAGCGCACCCCUGGGGUGCAGGACAGGGCCUCCCUCGGCAGCACUCCGGGUCCCUCCCCACCCCGCCCUUUGUGUGGGCUCUGUGACCGUCCAAGUGCCAAUUGGCUUUUCCCCCAAAUAAGGGCUGGUGCUUCUCCUCUGCCUUCAGAGGCGACUCCCCCAGCCCCUCCCCAGGUGAGCCACCACCUGGGCCACUUACAGGUGUUUCCAGAGACCAUGGAAAUGUGUUUUCCUGAGAAUCUGUGUCAUUCGUGACUUUUUGUAAAGAAGUUGUGUUUUCAGAGGUGAUUUUAUGACAGGAAAGUGAAAGAAUUAGUUUUUCAAAAAAUGAAAAAAAGAAAAAAAAGAGGAAAAAAAAGAAAUAGAAAAAACUAUCGUGGGAUUCCUAAGGGAGUGGGGUGGGGGGAGAAAGAUAUUUAAAGAGAACGUAGUGAUGCGGCAUUGCACAGGCGAGGUGGCCACGGGGGUCAAGCCUGAGCCCCGCUGGGGGUCCCCUGGGGCUGGGGCAUCCUCCUCCGCCCCAGGCAGGGUGAGCCUUUCCGCUGAGCUGGCCCACGUCCACACCCGUCCUUACUAAAGGGAAGGAAGACAGCUGGCCCCAAGGGAGCAAGCCAGAAGCCCCGCAGGCAGCCCAGUGAAUGGAGGCCACGGUUGCCGAGGUUGCGGGAGGUAGGGCCCUGGUCCUGCCACUGUGACUCCUUGGUGGCUUCCUCCAGGAAGGCCGGUGGAUUCUUCCUCUUCUGCACUCCAUUGCCAGCUUGUUGGGUCAUGUAGUCCCCAGUACUGCCACCCUGUGGGACCUUUUCAUCACCCUGAGACCGGAACUUCCUGAGCUUCCUGGCCAGGAAGAGGCCGUGGACCCUGUGAGACUUAGGCAGUGACUGGGACUGGGGGUGACUGGGAGACGGGACUGCCCAUCUCUUCCCAUGCGCAGGCUGCUGCCCAGGCCCCAAGUCAAGCAGCCUGCCCCGCCUUGGGCGCGUGCACAGCUGCCUCUGGGAGGGCGUCCCCAGGGCCUGAGCGCGCACAGCGCUGGGCGGCCUGCCCACCCCGACCCUCACACUUGCACGGGUUGGCCUCCGUGGGCCCCUCCACACCCCUUGCUGCUUUUCCAUUUGCCUGAUUACCAAGCAAAAGUUGCAAUCUGGUUUGCUUUAUUUUUGUAUGUGAAAUAGCCCCCAGAGCCCGAUGUCCUCCCAUGUUCACGGUGGGUGGCCAUUGGUCACCUCCCCUUGAACGCACUGCUUCCCACCUACGUGUCAUAGGAGAUAGGAGAGGUCUGGUGUCUCUGGUUUGAGGUGGACAGUGGGACCUGUCCCUGUCUCAUUUCCCCUCUGAACCUCGGCGUGGCCAUCCCUGUGAGAGGCACCUGGGCCUGAGGCACUGCUAGUGUCUGAGGAUGUGGGGUGCUUGUGGCUACCAGCACUGGGCCUCCAGGUGCCCACGGACCCAUUGCUUCUCACUCUGCACAGGGGUCAAGGUCAAAAUGAGCCUCCUCCCUCUGAUCCGGGAGGAGGUGAUGACCAAGUCCCUGGCUGCAGAGAGGUGGCAGGGUCGGAGCUUCUCCCCACUUCAGAGGAGGCAAAGCUGCUUCAUGGGGUGUCGUGCCAGGCAGCGCCCAGGAUGCCCAUCCUCUGGGGAGCAGCCCCUGAAAAGGUGGGGACCCCAUGACCAGCGCACGGUCAGCAGCCGAUCCCGGGGCUGAGUGGUCAGCUGGGUGGGUCCAGGCCAAUGGGCCUGCCCGAUGGAGGAUCAGCUGCGGGGAGAACUGUUAAGGGGUCUGGGCUGCUGCCGGUAUCCGAGGCCCCUCCUGAGAGAUGCUCUCCUUUCCCUCACUUUUCUGUCGUUUCGGGGGCUCGGGGUUUUUCGUUUUGCUUUGGUUUUUGUUUUGCACUUCGCCCGUGCUGGACAGUGGCGCCCCACCCGGUCAGCCGGUCAGUUCCACUCCUGGGCUCCCAUGCACUGGCCCAAGGUGGCCUCUUUGGGGCUUGUAUGGUUUGAGGAAUCACUUUUUUAAAAGAAAAAAAGAAGUUUAAGCAUUGUCAUUUUUUCUGUCUGCAUCUCCUUCCAGUUCAGCCCAGUUAGGGACUCAAAAUGCAGGAGGGGCCACCCUGGCCCCCCUCGUGGACAGUCCCCAAGACGCAGAAGCAAGGAGACUGUUGGGUGAGGGCCCGGGACCCUACCUCCUAGCCCACACGCCCCCGCAACGCCUCGAAGGAGCCGGCACCCCAGCAGCGAGUGCCUACUGCAUGCAGAUCAUCCUUAGGCGAAGUGGGGCCUCGCGGGGACCAGGCGAGGGGACAGGGCGCCCAGCCUGCCCUAGCUGGGCAGAGGUGCAAACUCUGCUUUCUGUUGGUUUUAAUUUAAAAACACAAAGGCCUAAAUAAAUAUGUAUCUUAUAAUUUU